UACCGACCGACUUCACCUUCAGUUAACAGAAUUCCAGUGAAGUGGACGCGAAGAAACGAAGCCCAUGAUUCUAUUUUGCCCCCUUACCCACAUCACUAAGCUCCCACUUCUAACGACCCCUCCCUCUCUUCCUCUCUCUCGUCAACAUAUAAAUAAAACCACCGAUAUCGCCAUCUCCAUUCUCUAUCUCUCUGAGAUAGUUGAUGUUACAGUGACCAAGGACGGUCCUCUCUGUGCAUCAUUCAUAUGGCAGCGAACAUGGAGAGCGAAGAGGGAGUGGUGGUGAUCAGGCGGGCAGAGAUCGAUACGAGAGCACCAUUUAGCUCUGUUAAGGAGGCCGUCAUGUUGUUUGGAGAGAAAGUUUUAGCAGGGGAGGUCUAUGGCAACAAGCUCAAAGGGAUGCAUGAUGGAGCAAGUGAGAGUGGUCAUGGCCAAUCAAGGCUUGGAACUGUCACGGCAGAGCUGGAGGAGACGAAGCAGAACCUCCAGAAAGCAAGAGAAGAAGGAAUUCUAAUGGCGACCUGCCUUUCAUCCCUGAAAGAAGAGCUGGAACAGACAAGGAGAGAGCUGGAACAAUUGAAGGCCAAGGAGUCCGAGAAGCCGCCCAUCUACUUGGAAAUGGAAGACCUCAAGUUUGUGGAAAAUGCGACCAGGGUUGAAGUUGAUACAGUACCACCACCAAGGAGAAAAGAAGAAGGAACAGAGUUCCACAAGAAGAGAUAUGUUAAGUUCGCCAACCCUCCUUCUUCAGUGGCUCAUGUUAUGGUCCCGGAGGUUGAUCAAAUACUGGAGAGACACCCAUCUUUGAAGAAGAAGAAGAAGAAGCCAUUGAUCCCUUUAAUAGGUGGUAUUUUCUCUAAGAAGAAGGGAACCCAAGAAGGUGCAUCGCCCAAAGCUCCACGCCCUUAAUUAAGUACAUAGGUAUACUGGGGAAAAAGAUUCAGGAAAAAGAGAAGAAGAGAAGAAACUCCAAUAAUUCUUCCAUGGGAGAAAUAUUUUCUUUUCUUUUUUUCUCUUUUGCUAUUACUAUUUUGUUUUUUUUUUUUGAUUAAUUAGAGGAUGGUUUACUUUAGAUGGCCAUAGUUUGGACUCAGAAUGGGCCUUAGAAGUUAGAAUGUACGCGAAUAUCCAUGUUCACAUGAAAGACGAGAAACUCGUUCAAUAAAGUAUGCUGCUACUGCAGAGUGCAGACAAGCUUCUUCUUCUA